AUGAUCAAGCAGAUCGAUGACAACAAUGAUGAAUGCAUCGAUCUCAGCAAGUUUAUCGAACUCAACACCAAAGACAUUGAUUCCGAUGAGGUUUUGGAGAAUCUCGCCGAGGCUUUCUCUAUGUUUGAUAUCGAUAAGAAUGGAUUGAUCUCUGCCGUGCAAUUGAUCAAUAUGUUUCAGAGCCUCGACAAGGAAUGCUCGAUCAGUGAGUGUAAGAAGAUGAUUAGUGGUGUUGAUUGUGAUGGCGAUGGAAUGAUCAGUUUUGAGAUGAAAAAGAAGAAGAAGAAGAAGAAGAAGAGGAAGGAGACGACGUGGAGGCAUUGGAAUGGUUGCCGAAGGAGGCUACUAGCCGGAGUGGAGGCGGAGGUGGAGGCAGAGAUCAAAGAAGAAAUCAAGCAAGUCUUCAAGAAAUUCGACGUUAAUAGCAAUGGAAAGAUCUCAUUGUCAGAACUCGAUUCGAUCCUUGGCAGCUUUGGUCACAUCACCACGGACGAGGAGCUCUAG